UAUGAAAUUGGCCUUAUUGUGAGUAGGUACAAGUAUUUUUGGGGACUGCUGCUUGGAUUUACCUCCUCUACCUAGACUUCAGGGCAUGGGUGGGAGGUGCAGUUUAUUUAUUUAUUUUAUUAUUAUUUUUUAUUUUUUAUUUUUAUUUUUUUAUUUUAUAAAUGUGAAAUUAGUCUCCAUUGGCCAAAUAGAGACACAAUUCCAUCUAUUGGCUGAUAUCACUUUCAUCAGCUCUGAAGGGAAAUCAUUUGCCUCUUGCAGAAAUAUCUCAUUCUUUUUUUGUCCCUUGUGGAAUGGUAUUUUGCAGUUUGUGGCUUUCCCCUUACUUUAUUGUCCUACAAACUAGACAUAUUAAGAUAAGAAAAUACUAAAAAUCUGAGUGGUGGACCAUAUCCUGGAAAACAAAAUUGAAGUCUUCUCCAAGAUUCUUCAUGGCUGCUCAUUCAAAAAAAUUGCAUCUUCAACUAAUCCUUCUUCUCAGCAUCUGUUCUGUGUUAUCUUGGAAGCCAUGGCUGAGCUCUGCAAGUUCUGGUACUGUCUCCACUGAAGAAAAGGUCAAGCUAGAGCUCUACUAUGAGACCCUGUGCCCAUACUGCUCCAGAUUCAUAGCCAAAUAUUUGCCACAGCUCUUCGAUACUGGACUCAUAUCCAUUACAGACCUCAGCUUCAUCCCUUAUGGCAACGCCAAACUCGGCCCCAACGCCACCAUAACCUGUCAGCAUGGUGCAUAUGAAUGCCUGUUGAACACUGUUGAGGCUUGUGCAAUCGACGCCUGGCCAGACUUGAGUGAGCACUUCCCCUUUAUAUAUUGCGUGGAAAGUCUGGUCUACGAGGGGAAGUAUACAGCGUGGGAAACAUGUUUCGCGAAUCUGAGCAUGGAUCCAAACCCUGUCACUUAUUGCUAUACCAGUGGGCACGGCAAAGAGCUUGAGUUGCAGUAUGCAGCAGUGACAAAUGCCCUUGAACCUCCUCAUACAUAUGUGCCAUGGGUAGUCGUUGACGGGCAACCGCUAUAUGAGGACUAUAUGAACUUCAUAAGCUAUAUCUGUAAAGCAUACAAAGGAAGUACCAAAAUCCCUGCUUGCAGUGAAUUGUCUGCCACUGUCAGCCAUUUGGGGAUAUUAAGGUUGUUGAAUCCAUUCUGGUAGGUAUGCAGAAAAGACAACUGGUUCAUGUAUGAGCCCAGCUGGAUACCAGUCUGCUAUGUAAGCAUUCACUCUCCUCUUGAAGCUUUACAUACUUUCUGUUCCUCAAUGUAAAACAACUAUAUAUACAUAAGUCAAAUAGUGCCAUUGAAUUACCACACAAUGUACAAAACCAUAUCUUGUACUCUGUAGUGUUGUUUUUCUUUCGAGGCUUAUACUCCAUUUACAAGGUUUGAACAUGAAAUCUUGAUUUCACAUA